UGCAUUGAGUGCAUUCAUGAAGGUAAAGCCAAAUCGUUAUUUGAAAGCAUACAUAUUCAUAGUGGUUAGCAGGCAAGCCAGUAUUUAGCAUUGGACGAAAUUGUGUAGCGGCUUUGAUGAAGAAAUAACUAUUCGUUGAUUUAAGCAGGUUAGUGGCUUAUUUCGGUUUCACGUCAACUAUGCGUAUUUCGAGUAAAAGAAGAAGUGGCCGAAGAGCACUUCCGCUACGUCACGAGUGACACGUAUUCAAAAUGGCGGCCGCGGCGAUGGAGACGUGGUGGGCCUUGCUGCUGAUUGCCUCUUUCCCUUUCACGCGGCCCUUCUACGUUCCCGGGGUCGCUCCACGGGACUUCCACGAGGGGGACACAGUAGAUCUGAAGGCGGUGAAGCUUACAAGCUCUCGCACGCAGCUUCCUUAUGAAUACUACUCGCUGCCUUUCUGUAAGCCAGACUCUGUCUUUUACAAAGGAGAGAACCUGGGUGAGGUCUUGCGCGGGGACCGUAUCGUAAACACUCUCUACAAUGUGGAGAUGAACAAGGAUAGGAAGUGUGAGAUGGUAUGCAACAAGAAAAAGCUCAGCAUAGAAGAGAGCAAGCUGGUGGCUGAGCGAGUCCAGGAGGAGUAUUAUGUGCACCUUAUUGCAGACAACCUGCCAGUUGCCACCCGGUUGGAGUUUUACCCCAACAGAGAGGCAGCCGUGGAUGAGGAGCAGCAGAAGAAGGACUCUGCCAAAGACGUCCAGUUUGAACACGGCUAUAGGCUAGGCUUCGUCGACGGCAACAAGUUUUAUCUGCACAACCACCUCUCCUUGAUUCUGUACUUCCACCGAGAGAAGCUUGAGGAACAGGAAGUUCACAACUACAGGGUGGUGCGAUUUGAGGUCAUCCCCCAGAGUGUGAAAGUAGAGGACCUGAAGGCAGUGGAAAAGGACAGGACGUGUACGCUGCCAGAGGCCAGCGGCUCUGCCCCUCAGGAGAUCGACCCAAACAAGGAGAACGAGGUCCUCUUCACCUACUCCGUCCACUGGGAGGAGAGUGAGGUGAAGUGGGCGUCUCGAUGGGACACCUACCUGACCAUGAGUGAUGUCCAAAUUCACUGGUUCUCCAUCGUCAAUUCCGUGGUGGUGGUCUUCUUCCUCUCCGGUAUUCUGAGUAUGAUCAUCAUCAGGACCCUGAGGAAAGACAUUGCCAACUACAACAGAGAGGAUGACAUAGAGGACACUAUGGAGGAGUCGGGAUGGAAGAAUGUCCAUGGCGACGUCUUCAGGCCGCCUCAGUAUCCCAUGAUCCUCAGCUCUCUACUGGGCUCGGGGAUCCAGCUCUUUUGCAUGAUCCUCAUUGUCAUAUUUGUUGCCAUGUUGGGCAUGCUGUCUCCAUCCAGUAGAGGAGCCUUGAUGACCACUGCUUGCUUUCUCUUCAUGUUCAUGGGCGUAUUCGGCGGCUACUUCGCCGGCAGGCUGUAUCGCACACUGAAGGGCCAUCGGUGGAGGAAAGGAGCCUUUUGUACGGCUACUUUGUAUCCGGCCGUGGUGUUUGGAAUCUGCUUCAUCCUAAACUGCUUCAUCUGGGGAGAACACUCGUCCGGGGCCGUUCCCUUCACCACGAUGCUGGCCCUGCUGUGUAUGUGGUUUGGCAUCUCCAUGCCCCUGGUCUACCUGGGCUACUACUUUGGCUUCCGCAAACAGCCAUACGAUAACCCCGUGCGCACCAACCAGAUCCCCCGGCAGGUCCCGGAGCAGCGCUGGUACAUGAACAAGUUUGUAGGAAUCCUGAUGGCCGGGAUCCUGCCGUUUGGUGCCAUGUUCAUCGAGCUCUUCUUCAUCUUCAGCGCCAUCUGGGAGAAUCAGUUCUACUACCUCUUUGGCUUCCUGUUUCUGGUCUUCAUUAUCUUGGUGGUGUCCUGCUCUCAAAUCAGCAUCGUAAUGGUUUAUUUCCAGCUGUGUGCAGAGGACUACCGGUGGUGGUGGAGAACCUUCCUGGUGUCCGGAGGCUCUGCGUUCUACGUCCUCAUUUACGCUGUCUUCUACUUCAUCAACAAGCUGGACAUCGUGGAGUUCAUCCCCUCCCUCCUGUACUUUGGCUACACCGCCCUGAUGGUGCUUUCCUUCUGGCUGCUCACGGGCACAAUCGGCUUCUACGCAGCAUACAUGUUCAUCAGGAAAAUCUACGCUGCAGUCAAGAUAGACUGAGUCAUCUUGAUGUGUUUUUUUUCUUUAUUUUUGGUUACAUUCUUUUUUUUUUGUAUAUAUUUUUAUUCUUCAUGUCCAACAAGCACUGAAUUCUGUGUCAAGGAAAGUAGGAGGGGUUUUACGGCACAAGAGCCCCAUCCACUGGCCUGGUGGGGAAGAACAGCAUGGUGGCGGAGUGGCUGUCCUCCUCCCCCUCGCCCCGUCCCCCUCCUCUUAUACCAUCCCGGACUGAGACUUUGGGGGAAUUGUCCUCCAAUGGGGACAGUAAAUGUGUCCUGCUGUUCCACCUUGCACACAACACAGUGGGCCAAAGCUUGUCAGAUGACUGUUUCUUCAUAUUUCAGUUUUGUCUUUUCAUUUUCGAUGAGUCUAACUUAUCUGGGGGGGUGGAUUUGUGUUACCGCAGGAUUCAUCUAUGACCCAACUUCUUUAUAUCACCUUCUGCAAAGCAAUUUUAUUGUUUUCCCAUUGUCUUUGCUUUAAAAUGUUGCUUUGGUUCAGUUUCAGCAACCUUGGAGACUUUGUUGUGGUGAACUCGUAUGGAUGGAAAUCAUGCCCUGGCGUUUUGCAUUGUAACACCAGAACGGAUGAAUUAAAUGUUCUCUUGGUUCCCAUGUGGUGGUUUUGACCGUAGUGGAGAUUUUCCCUCCCGCUUUCCAUUGGCUCUGAAUGAUGCACUGCCACUCUGAACGGACUGGGUGGGAUCCCCCAAAGCAGCCACUCAAAUUGAAGACAAAUUGGUGCAAAAUUACCAGUAGGAGUCACUCUUCGUUUUGUUUUUCAAGUCCACAACACCAAUAUGUCUUGGAAGCUUUUCCAGUAGAAACUCAACAAAAAUAACGUGUUUCUGCUUAUUAACCGAGCCGUCCGCGUAGCCUGAGCAGGGCUGGGCGUCUGCUGAACUAUGCAGCAAUGGAGAGAAAGCUGAGUUUUCUUUGGUUAUUUGAAAGGACCAUUUUCAUUGACAAAUGAUGCCUCAUUUCUUUAAGUUUGAAUCUAAUGUGUGAUGUUUUUUGUGUAUAAUAUCAGAUAUUUGGUGAACGUGGUAGAUGAUUCUGACAGUGCUUGGAUGUUAUGGGUUGCAAAGCAUUGACAUGUAAUUCUUAAUAGAUCUGUUUAGUAAUGUAUUAAUUUUUUUGUCCCCCUGUUGAAUUGACAUUUUGGGGUUUUAUGUGUUACAUCAGAUUUGUCAGCUUAAAACGUUUUUAAAUAACAUUUAGAACAAAGCAAUUUGAGCUAAUGGCUUCCCCAAGACACCAAAUAUAUAUAUAUAUAUUUGUCCCAUAGCUUGGAACAAUAAAUACACAUGUCAAUGACAUUGUUUAAUAAUCACAACAUUAAAGGAAUAGUUUGACAUUUAACCAAAUACACAAGAAAUUCCUCCCCAAACCAACGUGUGUUCAGUCAGUUUGAUUCAUGCUAACGAGCAGCUUAGCUUUCCCACAAACCCUGGAAACGGGGAUACAGUGAACCUCGACCAAAUCCAGCCAGUGCAGCUGAUUUGCAUCCGAAUAGCAGAAAGGGAAGGAGCGUAUUUUACAAAAUGGGCCUUCCUUGAUCGUGAUCAAAUCAGCACUGACCUCCUUCCCUGCUGCCCUCUGACCCGAUCACACUGGUACUUCAUUAAAGUUCAUUCCGAUGGGGGAUGUUAUGGGCCCGAUGAGCCGAGAUGAUACGUGCUGAUCAAAUAAACAGGACAUUCCUUUUAGUCUAUCAUUGUCUUCAUGGUUACCAUCAAAGUGGUUUUACCAUCAAAGACGAGGUGCCCAAAUCAACCCUUUCUCCAGGGGCGAGAAGGUUAAAAGGGCGUCACUCCUCCUUCCAUGUCCUCUACUUCCUUUAUUUGAAUCGGGCCUACCCAUACACAUUGAGCUGCUUGAAGAGAGUUGUUUUUUUUAUCCAUAAAGCUCCAGAGGAUUUCCUCCAUUUAAAUUUAACCGCUUUAAGUCACGUUUUUUGUUUUUUUUGAAGGCCCGGGGUCAUGCGUGUGUAUGUAUGGGCUAAGGGUUUACAAUGUAAAUUUAAAAAGGAAGCAGCUCUAUUAUGGUUGCGUUUUGCUGUUUUGUGGCGCUCUGUAACGGUCCCGUCAUCGCUUCGCCAAAAGCAUGAUGCUCAUGAUGACUGAAAGGAACUAGAUAGUUACUUUUCUCUUUUUCUUUUACAGAAUGUCCAAUUACAAAAUGUACAAUGACAAAACAAUAAAGUGAUGACAAGUAA